AAUUUUAAGUGGAGUCCCAUCAUAUCAAACAGAGUAGAGAUGUUUGGCCGAGCCUGGUUCCCAUUCCUUGUCCCAGUCCAUGAAGCAUAGAGGACUGUAGCUUGUCAGAAAGUUUAAAAGCCACCAGCUUCGGUGGCACAGAGGACAUCGUCCACAGCUCUACGCCCUGGUUCAGUGGCACGAGCUGUUCGGUUCCGCUCCACGCACCCAUUCUGCAGAAGAGCAAGAACGGCUCUUUGGGGCAGGAGGGAGUGGGGUGGGCAGGCAAGGAUGGCCCACUCUCGGAAGGUAUGGACUCACUGUCGGCUGUCCCACGUGUGCCGCAGGUACCUUUGACCGGAGCGUGACCCUGCUGGAGGUGUGCGGGAGCUGGCCCGAGGGCUUCGGGCUGCGGCACAUGUCCUCCAUGGAGCACACGGAGGAGGGCCUCCGGGAGCGGCUGGCGGAUGCCAUGGCUGAGUCGCCGAGCCGGGAUGCCGUCGGAUCCGGAACAGGUAAAGAAACAGCCCUUGACGUAGCAGUAAAAAACAUCACCCCUGAGAGACACAUGGCUGGGAAGUGUUUGGGGAAAAAAAAAGGAAAAAAAAAACAAUGCCAACAGCCCAGCGUCCGUGAGCAACCCAACAGUAACAAAGCAUGCGUUCGGGAUGGAGGAAGGGAAACAAGACACUUGCCAGGAGGUACCAAGGAUAAACCAAAGUCCGGCCAGCAGGCAGAUUGGAACUUCAGCGAGAGGGAAGCAUCGAGACUCUGAGUAACAGCUCAGGUUCCACCAGCGGCAGCAUCCCAAGAAACUUUGAUGGUUACCGAUCUCCACUUCCCACCAAUGAGAGUCAGCCCCUCAGCCUCUUCCCCACCGGAUUCCCGUAGUACCAGCCACCUGCUUCCAACCGGCCGGCCUACUCACCUGCUGGGGGGUGGACGAGAUGCCCUCUCUGGUCCCGCUCUUCAGUCUCUGCUCCUCUUUCAUCAACCGCCUUCCCUAAGCUUAGUGACAGCAGCCACCCAUGCCCCCUCAGAUGAGAGGAGACCCUUCUCCUAAGCACCCCAGCAUACCCUGACCUCUACCAUACCUGCCAGUGGGGGCUGUGGCCAAGAGAGACUGCCAGCGCUCAGUCCCCUUCCCCGUUUGCACAUGACAUUCUGCAUUGGAUCUGCUUUUGUAUUUUCUAACUCAUACUCACAGGGGCCUGGAACAGUGGCCAGGUCUUGGGUCCUAGGUGGGGAGAGGGUGGAUAGUCCAGCCAGGUAUUUUGACCCUGAGUGGACAGGCUCCACCCCAACCCACUUCUGGCUGUGACACAUACCGCCCCUAGCUUCCCUUAGUCGGCCCCCCUCCAGCCUCGGGUACACUGAGGCCCAGCGUAUUAGGGAAGAAGAAGGAAGGAGAAGCUUCCCCAUCUUUGUUUCCCCGUGAGCUCGUGGGAAGAAUCUGUCUUUUCUUUAAGCCCUUUUACCCCGGUCUCGUACUGUUCAGUGAAGGAAACCGUGGUUACCGAGGCCCUGUCAAAAGUGCACGUCUUGUACAAUAAAUCACGCUGCGAUUGGUGUCCA